AAAGGGCCACCUACCCACCGUCUGUCUUGUGGCCAGUCACCCUACACCGAGACAACAACAUGGGAGCGGAAGUACUGCAUCCUCACAGACAGCCAGUUGGUUUUGCUUAACAAGGAGAAAGAGUUACCUGUGGAAGGGGCACAGGAACAACAGACAGAUUCCACCAAGGGGAGAUGCCUGAGGAGAACUGUCAGUGUCCCUUCCGAGGGUCAGUUUCCUGAAUACCCACCAGAGGGCGCCACAAAACUGGAGGUGCCAGCAGAAAGGUCCCCUCGCAGACGGAGUAUCUCAGGGACCAGUACAUCAGAGAAACCUAAUUCCAUGGACACUGCAAAUACCUCACCCUUCAAAGUACCAGGAUUCUUCAGCAAGCGCCUGAAAGGCUCCAUCAAGAGGACCAAAAGCCAGUCAAAACUUGACAGAAACACGAGUUUUCGGCUUCCAUCCCUUCGCAGUACAGAUGACAGGUCUCGUGGGCUCCCUAAGCUAAAAGAGUCACGUUCCCAUGAAUCCUUGUUGAGCCCAUGCAGCGCAGUGGAGUGUCUAGAUCUUGGCAGAGGAGAGCCCGUCUCAGUGAAACCGCUCCAUAGCAGCAUCCUUGGACAAGACUUCUGCUUUGAGGUCACCUACCUAAGUGGAAGUAAAUGUUUCAGCUGUAACUCUGCUUCUGAGAGAGAUAAGUGGAUGGAAAACCUUCGCAGGACAGUUCAACCUAAUAAGGACAAUUGCAGACGAGCCGAAAAUGUUCUCCGUUUAUGGAUCAUUGAAGCCAAGGACCUUGCCCCUAAAAAGAAAUAUUUCUGUGAACUGUGCCUUGAUGAUACCCUCUUUGCUCGUACAACCAGCAAGACCAAAGCAGAUAAUAUUUUCUGGGGUGAACAUUUUGAAUUCUUUAGCCUUCCACCUCUUCAUAGUAUCACAGUUCACAUUUAUAAAGAUGUGGAAAAAAAGAGAAAAAAGGACAAGAAUAAUUAUGUAGGGCUAGUUAACAUCCCCACCGCCAGUGUGACUGGUCGCCAAUUUGUUGAAAAAUGGUAUCCAGUGAGUACACCUACACCCAACAAAGGAAAGACAGGAGGACCUUCUAUUCGUAUUAAAUCACGUUUCCAAACUAUCACCAUUCUGCCUAUGGAGCAAUACAAAGAAUUUGCAGAAUUUGUCACCAGCAACUACACCAUGUUGUGUUCUGUCCUUGAGCCAGUAAUUAGUGUGAGAAAUAAAGAAGAAUUGGCUUGUGCCUUAGUGCACAUUCUUCAAAGUACUGGCAGAGCCAAGGAUUUUCUGACUGACUUGGUGAUGUCUGAGGUGGAUCGUUGUGGGGAACAUGAUGUCUUGAUCUUCAGAGAGAACACCAUUGCCACCAAAUCCAUUGAGGAAUACCUCAAGUUGGUGGGACAACAGUAUCUUCAUGAUGCACUGGGGGAGUUCAUCAAAGCUUUGUAUGAGUCAGAUGAGAACUGUGAAGUGGAUCCCAGCAAAUGUUCAUCUAGUGAACUGAUAGACCAUCAAAGCAACCUGAAAAUGUGCUGUGAGCUGGCUUUCUGCAAGAUCAUCAACUCUUACUGUGUUUUUCCUCGUGAGUUGAAAGAAGUGUUUGCAUCGUGGAAGCAGCAAUGCCUGAAUCGUGGCAAGCAAGACAUCAGUGAGAGGCUCAUUAGUGCCUCAUUGUUUCUCCGUUUUCUGUGCCCAGCCAUUAUGUCUCCCAGUCUUUUCAACCUUAUGCAGGAGUAUCCUGAUGACCGCACAUCUCGGACUCUAACUCUCAUUGCCAAGGUCAUCCAGAACCUGGCCAACUUUGCUAAGUUUGGUAACAAAGAGGAAUACAUGGCAUUCAUGAAUGAUUUUUUAGAACAUGAAUGGGGUGGAAUGAAGCGCUUUCUUUUGGAGAUCUCUAAUCCAGACACCAUCUCAAACACCCCAGGCUUUGAUGGCUACAUUGAUCUGGGCCGAGAGCUUUCAGUUUUGCAUUCCUUACUGUGGGAAGUAGUUUCCCAACUUGAUAAGGGUGAAAAUUCCUUUCUACAGGCAACCGUGGCAAAAUUGGGGCCUCUCCCUCGUGUUCUUGCUGACAUUACCAAGUCUCUGACUAAUCCUACGCCCAUACAGCAGCAACUGAGACGCUUCACUGAGCAUAACUCCAGUCCAAAUGUCAGUGGAAGCCUCUCUUCUGGGCUGCAGAAAAUAUUUGAAGACCCCACUGACAGUGAUUUGCAUAAACUAAAAUCUCCAAGCCAGGACAACACAGACAGCUAUUUCAGAGGGAAGACAUUACUGCUGGUUCAGCAAGCCUCCUCCCAGAGCAUGACUUAUUCUGAAAAGGAUGAAAAGGAAAGUAGCCUUCCUAAUGGUCGGAGCAUCUCCCUCAUGGACCUUCAGGACACUCACGCUGCUCAAGUAGAGCACGCAUCUGUCAUGCUCGAUGUGCCUAUGCGCCUAACUGGAAGCCAGCUUUCCAUAACCCAGGUGGCCAGCAUCAAGCAACUACGAGAAACUCAGAGCACUCCCCAGAGCGCACCCCAAGUGAGAAGGCCCCUGCAUCCAGCCUUGAACCAGCCAGGCAGCCUUCAGCCCUUAUCAUUCCAGAACCCUGUCUAUCACCUCAAUAAUCCAAUUCCAGCAAUGCCAAAGGCCUCUGUAGAUUCCAGUUUGGAGAACCUAAGCACUGCCAGUUCCAGAAGCCAAAGUAACAGUGAAGACUUCAAGCUCAGUGGACCCAGCAAUAGCAGCAUGGAAGAUUUCACCAAACGUAGUACUCAGAGUGAGGACUUCUCCAGGCGUCACACUGUACCCGACAGACACAUACCUCUUGCUCUGCCACGACAAAAUAGCACUGGGCAGGCCCAAAUCCGAAAAAUGGACCAGGCUGGGUUAGGUGCCCGAGCCAAAGCCCCACCAUCCCUGCCACACAGUGCUUCCUUACGUAGCACCGGGAGCAUGUCAGUGGCAUCCGCAGCCCUUGUGGCCGAACCCGUGCAGAAUGGAAGCCGGUCUCGGCAGCAGUCUUCUUCCUCCAGAGAGAGCCCUGUUCCCAAAGUGAGAGCAAUCCAGCGACAACAGACACAGCAGGUUCAAUCACCUGUGGACUCUGCCACAAUGUCCCCAGUAGAGAGGACAGCAGCCUGGGUUCUGAACAAUGGGCAAUAUGAAGAGGAUGUAGAAGAAACUGACCAAAAUCAAGAUGAAGCCAAGCAUGCUGAGAAGUAUGAACAAGAAAUUACUAAACUGAAGGAGCGCCUGAGAGUGUCCAGCCGGCGGCUGGAGGAAUAUGAACGCCGGUUGCUGGUGCAGGAGCAGCAGAUGCAGAAGCUGCUGCUGGAAUACAAGGCCAGGCUGGAGGACAGCGAGGAGAGGCUGCGCAGGCAACAGGAGGAGAAAGACAGCCAGAUGAAAAGUAUAAUCAGCAGGCUAAUGGCUGUGGAAGAAGAGUUGAAGAAGGAUCAUGCUGAGAUGCAAGCAGUUAUUGAUGCAAAGCAGAAAAUAAUUGAUGCACAGGAAAAGCGGAUCGUGUCCCUGGAUUCAGCCAACACCAGACUGAUGAGCGCACUGACCCAAGUGAAGGAGCGGUACAGCAUGCAGGUCCGCAAUGGCAUCUCCCCCACCAAUCCCACCAAGCUUUCCAUCACGGAGAAUGGUGAAUUUAAAAACAGCAGCUGCUGAUGGGCUUUGCAAACAGACUAUGGAAGGAGACAGAAGGAAACUGACCUGCUCUCCUAUCCCAGUCCUUUACCCAGCCCCUCCAGGUUUACAGAAUGUUGCUACUUCACAAUGGCAAUGUGGUAAGAAACUCUUGAAUGAAGAAAAGGAACCUUGUCUUUCAGGGCAUAAGGCGACGACUUCCAAGGUCGAUGCUUUCCCGCCUCAUCUCUAUGUACAUAGGGAACUUAGUUCUGGGCCAUGUACAGAAAAUACCACUGUAAUAUACCAAAAGGAAGUUAAUAAUGUAGAUUACCUUUUUGAUUAUUGCUAUUUUUAUUAUUGUUUGUCUCUUGUUGAAAGCACUGCAGUUGUUAGAGGAGGAAAAGUAGGCAGUAUGUGUGAGUGAGAAAUGAGCCUAUGGGUUCAGUAGGUAGAGUGUCUGUCUGAUAGAAGCACAUGGAAUGCAAUAGGAUUUUGUCAGAAUGAAUUUUUCAGGGAUUCAUAUACCAGUUUAAAGACCUUAUCUGGCCCCCCUUUGUAUGUUAGGAAAACAUACAAAUACUGAGAUCCACACAAAACAAUAACUCAUUCUACUGGUCAGCCAAGACUGGUUCUGGUUAGACAGGUAAUCUGAUUUGGGGAUUCAUGAUUUCAAAGAAUACAGAUAAAAGCUGUUGUAUCAAAGCUGGACUUUUAGGAGUGAUUUCUAUUAAACUCCUGUCAAUAUGUUUAUUUCCUCUAUCUAUAGCAGAUAGGAAUUUUCUGUUUUAGAUAGGGGGCUUUUUAAAAACUUCCAGUUGUAAUAAAGGAUGUUCUCUUUCCUCUUU